UCCCUCCUCAAGGAUGGAAAUGGAGUACCCCGUCCCCGUGAAGGAGGAGGAGUGCUAUGAGGAGGCGACGGCGAAGCGCGCGCGCAAGAGGAGCAGGUACCUCUCCUCUCCCUACACCGACGACGUCUCUGCCGCAGCCGCAACCCACACCCAUACUAGUAGUCGGUCGGAGGAGGAGCUGAUGGCCAAUGUCGCUGUCCCGGACAUGCUGUCGGCCCUCCGCGCCGCCGCGCUGCUGGAUGCGGAUGCAUUUGCUGCCAAUGCCGCCGCCGGUGAGGAGGUCCUUCGCUGCUUCUUCACCCUGCACAGGAACUCCUCCACCCGUGUCACCGCUGAAGCUGAAUUGACUCCAAGCAGCAGCAGCAGCAGCCAGAAAAAGGAGGCUACUACUACUACUACUGGUCCCAAGAAGAAGAAGAAGAAGAAGAAGAAGAAGAAUAAUGCAGCUUCUACUCCAACAACAACAACAAGGAGGCUCCCACUCACGGACGUUAGGAACAACCUUGAGAAGAUGAUCUCCUCACUGCAGGGCUGCUCGCCUAUGGCUACGGCUACCACUAGCCAUGGCCACUUCAGUGGAGCAAAGCUUGCGGGAGAGAUGCGAUGCCUUUUGGCCAAAGUUGAUAAGAUGCUCGAUGCACAUCGCCACUAAAUUAAGCUAUAAGCCGGUUACUAAAGCUAGCUAGCUGCUGCUAAUCUCCGCAUGUUAACUACUACUGCUUGUUAAUUUCUUGUCCCCAUGUACUGUACUUAAGCAGUACUCUAUAUGCACCUUGGUGUCCUCUACUAUUUGUUGUUCGGUAUUUGCCUAUGCCAGCUGCACUGCUAUC